UUACAGUGGGAGAUUUAUCGGAAAUUCGACAUGAAGGCUGAUGAAGAAAAGCAAAUCCACCAAGAUAUCGAAAGUGUUGAGCGGGAAAAGGAGGAAGCAAUUGCAACUGCCACUGUCGUCGGGAAGAUGUGGAACUCUUUGGGUUCGAAGAAAAACAUUAAACAGCGGAUCGAAUUUUUGCGGGAUUAUGUGGAAAUAUCAAGAGCAGGACAUCAGAAGUUUAAAGCUGAAGUUAUAUUUCUCCGGAAGGAACUCGAAGUGGUGGAAGAUGACUUAACUUCUAUGGAGAAGCAACUGAAUUACAUAGAAAGACUAAAGUAUGAAGCCAGACAAUGCAUUUCCCAGUCGAGGACAGAGCAAGACGAAAUGAAUGCCAGCUAUCAUCAGUACAUUGAGCUAAUGAGGAAUGCCGAAGAGCUUGCCGAAAAGAAAGAUCUCGUAGCCCUACAGAAAUUGUCUCAUGAAGAGGUGGAGAAAUUCAUGUCGCAAUGGAGCAAUGACCAAGCCUUCAGGGAUGAUUACAGGACAAGGAGCAUAGACUCGUUGAACAAGCGAUGCUUGAACUUAGACGGCCGGAGAAGGAACCAAGAUGAGAAGCUGAUUUUCAUGAAGGACCCGACAGUUAAGAUAUCCAAGGGCCUGAAGAAAGCAUUACAAAAGCCCCAGAAAGAAAUUUCUGGAGAACCAGUUUAAAUCGAGAAAUGCCAUAAGUUGUAACCUCAUGUAGAAUGUGAACCCAACACCAGAAGGAAAAUUUGCAUAUU